GAGAGGCAGACAGACGUGGGUAUAAAGCGGCGAACACCAGGCUCGCGCGCAGCCUCUCCAUUUUCCGUAGGUGCGGUGCUCACUCACUUGCGACAUGAGCAGCGCCCCGGCACCGGGCCCGGCGCCCGCUUGCCUCACGCUCUGGGACGAGGAGGACUUCCAGGGUCGUCGCUGCCGGCUACUGAGCGACUGUGCCAACGUCUGUGAGCGGGGAGCCCUGCGGAGGGUGCGCUCAGUCAAGGUGGAAAACGGCGCAUGGGUGGCCUUCGAGUACCCUGACUUCCAGGGGCAGCAGUUCAUUCUAGAGAAGGGAGACUAUCCUUGCUGGAGUGCCUGGAGCGGUAGCAGCAGCCACCACAGCAACCAAUUGCUGUCCUUCAGGCCAGUGCUCUGUGCGAACCACAGUGACAGCCGUGUGACCCUGUUUGAGGGGGAAAACUUCCAGGGCUGCAAGUUCGAACUCAGUGAUGACUACCCAUCACUGCCUUCCAUGGGCUGGACCAGCAAAGAUGUGGGUUCCCUCAAAGUCAGCUCUGGAGCGUGGGUGGCCUACCAGUACCCUGGCUACCGAGGCUACCAGUAUGUCUUAGAACGGGACCGGCACAGUGGGGAGUUCCGUACCUACAAUGACUUUGGCACACAGGCCCAUACUGGACAGCUGCAGUCCAUUCGAAGAGUCCAGCAUUAGGCUCCACAUUCCCAGACAUCACCCAUAAGAUUCUCAAUAAAAGCUCUAGAACCUA